AAUAAAUUAAAAGAAGAUUUUCCGGAACUAACCUCCAAAUAUUGUAAAAUCGUAAAAUCCAAACAAAAUAUUAAUUUCGUUUUAAUUUGAUAAAAUAAUUAAAAAUGAAUCCUUUAACGAAUAUGAAAAAUGUACAAAAACUAAGUGAACGGGAACUUCAGAAUACAAGUAAGAGCUCUUGGCAUGACCAGUACAAAGAUAGUGCUUGGAUUUUCGUGGGAGGUCUACCUUAUGAUCUUACCGAAGGUGAUAUUAUUUGUAUUUUCUCACAGUAUGGAGAAGUUGUAAAUGUUAAUCUUAUAAGAGCAAAAGACACAGGAAAGUCUAGAGGAUUUUGUUUUCUCUGUUAUGAGGAUCAGAGAUCCACCAUUUUAGCAGUUGAUAAUUUUAAUGGAAUCAAGAUUUUAAAUAGGACCAUUCGUGUAGACCACGUUCAAGAAUAUAAGGUACCAAAAGAAGGAAAGAAAACUGAUGAAGAAACCAAAAAACUUUACUCAGAAGGCUGUGCCCCAAAGGCUAUGCCCAUUGUACCCAAAGUAGAGCGUGUUCAACAAGACUUGCGUGAAACUAUAGCCGACCAAAUUGAAGGAGAACUAAAACUACCGGCCCGUCUUCCUAUAUACACAGAUAUAAAAAAAGAAAAAGUCUCUGAAGAUGAAAGCAAAAAUAAAUCAAAUAAAGAUAAGAAAAAAAGCAAGAAAAAGAAGAAAAAAUCUAAAAAGAAGAAAUCACGAAAAUCUGAAACUGAUACAGAUGAGAGUUCAAGUGAUUCAAGCAGCAGUGAUCAUGCGGUGAAGUCUAAAAAAGAGACAGAUCUAGAAGUCCAAACAGGAGGAAAAAGAGUCAUAAAAGUUCAGAAAAAAGCAAAGAACACAAAGAGAGAUACUCUGAGGAUUAUAGAAAAGAUUCUCCAAAACGUAGAGACAGAUCAAAAAGUAAAGAAAGGGAUGGUGACAAUGAAGACAAACCCAAGCGUUAUUAUGUGGGUUUCAGUCCAACUAUUCCUAAACGAUGGAAAUAAAAUCUUAAAAGGUAAUUAAAUAAAUAAAAACCAACACUAUUAAUUUUAACAAACUUUAUUUCUAUUCAUGUAUAAAUUACAGUCGUUAUAGUAUUCUGAA